AUGACCUCGGAUAUGGAUGACAGCGACAGCUGCGGAAUCAAAAAAGAGCUGAUUGAGAGCCAAACGUCAAGCCACACCAGAAGUGUUGGCGUUGACACCAUGUCUCAAGACCUCGUCAACAACCAAGUCACCGUUGACCGACUAUACGAGAAGUACCGGGAUUUAGAGGAAAGCAUGGAAACGCAUAUACUAAGUCUCAGAGGAGAGAUAAAAUCUCUGAAGUUUGAACACUCUUAUUGUGCAAGCAAUGCGAAGAUAGUGAACGACUUGAAAGAACAGAUAAAUCGAUUGUCGGUCCAAGGCGCAACCAACGAAACCUUCAUGGAGAACUACAAGCUUCGUAUUAUGGUUUCAGAGCUCCAGGAUAAGGGAAGAGAUCAAGAGGAAGAGAUUAGUAAACUCACUAGGGGGAAUCAAGAUCUCCAACAAGUCAUGGAUCAGCAGCGCAAAGAGAUGGAUGACCUUGAGGGGGAACUUGAUGACACUCGAGACGAGAACUUUGGUUUGACGCAUGUUCAAGACGACAUGGCUUACAGACUCAGAGAUAUUUUGAAGGAAAAUGAUAGAUUGGAAAAAGAUCUUGUCGAGGAGAGAAGGAAAUCACAACCUUUUCAGAAUACACAUCCUUCUGAAUCUCAGAUGUACAAGAGCGAAUUAGCAACGUUGAAGAGGCUUUUGACUGAGAAGGAGUCCAAAUUGGCAUUCUUAGAGGCCAUUGUCGGGGACGAGCUACAGGAUUGGGCCGGAUAG